UAAUUAUAUAAUUAACUAUGGAAUUAUUAAAUAAUGAAGAACGAGAAUUAUUGACUAAAUACAAUAGAUAUUUGACUAAGGAUAAAAUCUAAGAACCACUCAAAUACUCAGAUAUCUUUAUUGGUAAACAUGAUAUAAAUAACAUACCUCAACAGACCUAAGAAAAAAAAAUUCAAAAUUCAAAAUUACAUAUCAAGACUUCUUCUGCUAAUAAGCGUGAUUAAUUCAAAUCUAUUUUAAAUGAAUUGAAUAAUGUAAUAUAUGAUUGGUUACUAUAUAAGGUUUAAAACAGACAAUUAGAAAAUAUAUUUAAGAGUAGUUCUGUUUGUGAAGAAACUUAAAGAGAGAAAUAAAUUAAUGAAUGUGAAAUAUAAGUAGUAGUAAAUGAAAAUGUACAAUAAAAAACGAAUAAAAAUUCUGACAGGCCAGAAAAAUAAUCAAAAUAAUAAAAGUCCUUGCCAAAAGAGUAAAUAAAAAAGAAGCAAGAGUAAUAGCCUAAAAAGGAUAGAUAAAUAUAGAGUUUAUAAUCUACAGUGGAGAUUUAGUAAUAAUUUAAUGAGUAUGUUAACAAAUCUUAAAAUUUAGGAAAUUAUUACAAUAACUUAAUAAGUUGAUGUAGUUAAAGAAGAUUGAUAACAAAUUUUUUUAUAAUUUGAUUUCAAAACAUGUAAAUGAAUGUCCGAAUUUUGGAAAAAGAGUGAAAGAAGAAAUAAAAGAGAUUUUAAAUUAAUUAUUAUGAUU